AUGGCUGCACCUGUUGCUAUAGGCACAAGAGGCACCAUUGGAUCACUAGUAAGAAAGGAAAUUGAAUAUUUCACUAAAUUUGAGUUAGACAGAAGAGGAAUUUCACAGAAACCUCAGCAGCACUUCGUCGACAUGGAAAUGGUUUCUGAUAGAACCAUUUCCAUGUCCAAGCCUAGUUUCUGGUUUUUGCCAACAACAUGGAAGAGGAAGAAGCAAAGAAACACAACAAGUAGAAUUCCUGGUUUCAGCUACAAGAUCCUCAGGAAUGAUAUCAACAACUUUCACCUCUAG